CGGUGCCUAUGCAGGAUGGAUCAGUAAGUUAUGCUUAAAAAGUGGAAAGGGGGUUAUAGUUGUGAUUUGUGACGGGAUACUGGAUGCAUGUAGCCUAAAGUUCUUGACGUCGUUGGAAACUAAACCACUCCUUCUAAAUGUGCCUCACUCCUUAUUCUGUGUCGCUGCGCCGCCACCCACCCACCAACGAAUUGAUCUGCACGAAAUACAAACACAUCAGCUUCGAUUUUCUUUUUAGCCCAAUUUUGCACAGCCAUGCAGUUCGGCAAGUACUCUGAUAAGAAUGGCAGACGACCGGUCUUGUUACUUGGAUUGAUCGGUAACUCGAUUUCAGCUACUUCCUUUGGUUUGAGCAAAAGUAUCUGGUGGGCCAUGGGAACACGGGCAUUUUGCGGAAUUUUGAAUGGAAAUUCUGGCGUGGCUAGAAGCAUGCUUAGUGAAAUCACCGACGAAACGAACCGCGCAACCGCGUUUUCAUUGUUUGGCUUUUGCUGGGGCAUGGGAAUGAUAGCUAGCCCGGCAUUAGGUGGAUAUCUUUGCAACCCUGUAGAAAGAUUCCCUUAUCUGUUUGGUGGAAAUGCCUUCCUCAAAGAAUACCCAUACUUCUUACCAUGUUUUGUCUCAUCUUUGGGAUCCCUUGUCGGAUUCGCUCUCGGUUACUUUUAUUUGGAAGAAUCUAACCCUGCUGUUAUUGCACGCAAGGAGGCCGAAAAGCAACAAGGCGAGCGUCAGGCACUGUUGGGAUCACCCGAGACUGCUUAUGCCGCCAAUACUGAAGAAGAUCUUGAUGUCAUUAAGCACAACCAGCAGCAUGAACAGACAAAACUGACGUCCAUCUCCAAGACAUCGUAUUUGGUUAUUCUCGGCUAUUCAGUUUUCGCUUUUCAUGCAAUGGUGUUCGAUGAGAUCCUUCCGCUGUAUUUCUCUGCUCCUCGUUACGCUGGUGGCCUUGGUACCGACACGACAGAGCUUGCCAAAGCCCUUUCGGUUGCUGGUGUGCAACAGCUAUUUUGUCAAUUCGUGCUGUACCCGAGAAUCAACAGACACGUUUCAACACUUCCCAUCACACGAAUAGCACUCUGUCUAUUCUUCCCCGUAUAUAUUGUGUUUCCCGAAUUGACGACGCUCCAAAAUUGGCUCGGUACUGCAGUCUCUUCUGCAGCUGCUCAAAUAUGGCUGUUCCGCUGUGCUUACAUGUCAUUGCUUUUCGUACGCUACUUUGCCAGCUGUCUUGCGUUUACAAGUAUGAUGAUUUUGGUCAGCAAUUCAGCAGAUCCGACGAUCCUUGGAACAGUCAAUGGAAUUUGCCAGUCAUGUCUAUCACUCGUUCGCGGCCUAGGUAAGAUAUCAAGCGCAAGGAAGCACGAUAUGCAGUAGUAGUUAACCGUUAUAAUGACAUAAUAGCUCCUACUAUUGGUGGCACACUGUGGUCCAUGUCAUUAACAACGGGUAACCCGUUCCCCUUUGAUCGUCACUUGAUCUAUUAUAUAAUUGCAAUUUUGACAGCGGUCGGAUGGGUACAGAGCUAUCAAAUUCCCUCCUCACUUUCAUCUGGAGGUAGAAGGAAGAGAUAGGUUUUACAACGUGUAUAUAGCCUUGUGCAUUUAGUUUGACAACAACAGACUAUAUGCAGUGCGAGAAAGAAGAGCAAAAAAGAAAGAUAAGAUAAUGUCUUGUUAAUAUCGCUUGUUAUGGUGCUGGCAAGGACGGAGAAAGAGAACAAUAAAUAAAAAUAUAUAUACC